UCCCCCUCCCGCACUCCGAGCUUCCGUGAAGAAUUCCAUCUCAUCCACGCAACUCACCAGUGAUUCUAUUUAAAUUCAACAAAAUGGCUCCCAAAGUCCUCGUCGUCCUCACCUCUUUCGAUAAGAUCCAAGCCAACAACCACCCCACUGGCUGGUACCUGCCAGAAUUUGCACACCCCUGGGACGUCCUCCAUGACAAGGCCGAGCUCACCAUUGCCUCGCCCAAGGGCGGCGAGGCGCCCCUCGACCCCGGCUCGGUCGAAAUGUUCAAGGACGACCCGGUCUCGUCGAAAUUCCUGAAGGAGCAGACGGCGCUCUGGAAGAAGACCGAGAAGCUCGCUGAUGUCCUCCCUCGCGCGGGAGAGUUUGAUGCGAUUUUCUAUGUCGGUGGACAUGGCCCAAUGUUCGACCUAGCCACCGAUCCCACCUCCAUAAAACUUAUCCAAAAAUUCGCCGAAGCCAAAAAGCCAGUCUCCGCCGUCUGCCACGGCCCCUGCGUCUUCGUCAACGUUACCACCCCGUCCGGCAAGCCGCUCGUCGCCGACGCCGAGGUGACGGGGUUCUCGAACGCAGAAGAAGAUCAAGUACAGCUGAGCUCGGUUAUGCCGUUUCUGCUUGAAGAUGAGCUGCAGAAGAAAUCUGGUGGGAAGUAUGUCAAGGCGGCGGAGCCUUGGGGCGAGAAGAUUGUUGUUUCCAAGGUCAAGGAGCUCGGGGGUGAUUUGAUUACGGGGCAGAACCCGGCUAGUGCGGCGGGGGUUGGGAAGGCCUUGUUGAAGGCUUUGGGCUUGUGAUUUUUUGAUAUCAGAAGUUGGUAGACUGGUGUAAUGGUCGCUAUUAGGAAUUGAGGGAAAUUGUCCAGUAUGAGGCGCCCCGAUUUAAUGAGAUUGACGAUCGAGCCU